GAGAUCCUCCAAGAAGGGGAGCACUGCGAUGCGACCCUCAGGGUGGAUGGGGUUGAAUUCAAUGUUCACAAGGUCGUCCUCUCUGGAUGCAGUGACUACUUCAGGACUUUGUUCAGCAGCAGGUGGAAUGAGGCAAAGAAGAGAGUCUAUGAAAUCCAUGGCUUUUCAGCAGAAAUGAUGAAGCAAAUCAUCGAGUACAUCUACACCGGGACGGUGCCAGUUGCAUGGCACAACGUGCACGACCUGCUCGUCAUGGCAGACUACCUCCAGGUCACUGGCCUCAUCAAGCUGUGUGGUGAGUUCCUGCAGUCCCAGCUAAGCUUGGAAAACUGCCUCGACAUCUGGAGGUUCACAGACACCUACUACUGUCCCGACCUGAGGGAUGCAGCCUUCAUCUUCAUCCUCCACCACUUCAAGCAGGUGGCUGAGGUCUCCACAAAAUUUGUAGACCUCUCGGUUAAUGACCUCAAAGCCAUCAUAGAGAAGGAUGAACUCAACGUGGGACAUGAAGGGAUUGUGUUUGAGACUGUUCUGAAAUGGGUUGAUCAUGACUCGCAGAACAGGAGGCAGCACCUUGCUGUCCUGCUGAGCAAGGUGCGCCUGGCACUGAUGCCAGCAGAAUACUUCCUGGCCAACGUCCAAACUCACCAUUACGUGAGGGACAGCGAGGACUGCAAACCGCUCAUCAUAAACGCGCUGACAGAGAUGUACCAGCUCAGCAUGAACGGCCCAGCUUCCGGCGUGGUGACGCCGCUCAGCCGGCCUCGCCUCCCCUACUCCGUCCUCUUCGCCAUCGGAGGCUGGAGCGGGGAGAGCCCAACCAACGCCAUCGAGGUCUAUGACCCCCGCGUCGACCAGUGGGUGGACGUCACCCCUAACGACGAGGGUCCCCUCGCCUACCACAACGCCGCCUACCUAAAAGGCUUCAUCUACAUCGUUGGCGGCUUCGACAGCGUGGAUUGCUCCAGCAGCGUCAAGAGGUUCAACCUGCUUCAGAAGACGUGGCAGGAGGUGGCCCCCAUGCACUUCAAGCGGUGCUACGUCAGCGUGGCCGUCCUCGACGGCGUCAUCUACGCCAUGGGGGGGUUCGAUGGGCACGUUCGCCUCAACACGGCGGAGCGCUACGACGCAGAGACCAACCAGUGGACCAUGAUCGCCCCCAUGCACGAGCAGAGAAGCGACGCAAGCGCCGCCUCGCUGCACGACAAGGUGUACAUCUGUGGUGGCUUCAAUGGGACUGAAUGCUUGAUCACCGCUGAGGUGUACGAUGUUGCCACCAACCAGUGGAGCUUCAUAGCCCCAAUGAUCACAAGAAGAAGUGGAGUGGGCGUGAUCGCUUAUGACAACGAAGUGUACGCGGUCGGAGGCUUUAACGGCUUCAGGCGGCUGCGCAGCGCGGAGGCUUACAGCCCCGAGGCCGACGCCUGGCACCCGGUGGCCAGCAUGCUCUGUCCUCGCAGCAACUUCGGCAUCGAGGUGGUGGACGACCACUUGUUUGUGGUGGGAGGCUUCAACGGUUUCACCACCACUUUCAACGCGGAGUACUACGACAAAGCCACCAACGAGUGGUACGACAUCCGUGACAUGCGCACGCAUCGCAGCGCCCUGAGCUGCACCGUCGUCUCAGGCCUUCUGAAUGUCCGUGACUAUGUGGCCAGAUGA